GAAUGGGAAACGCUUCACUCGCCCUUCAGAAGUCUCUAGAAGCCCUUCUGCUUUGCUGCUCACUAUAAAUUUCUCGUCUUUAUCCGCCCCCAUCCGGUUCGAUCGCCCGCGUUGUCCGAAACCAAUCCCCUUGCCCUAAUCUCUGCGCCGAGCCGCCGUCAUGGAGGAGGAAGACUUCGAUCUCCCGGGUACCGAGGAGGCGGCGGACGACGGCCUGAUGGAUCUCCCCGACGAGGACCCCUCGUUCGAGAUCGGCGAGGAGAAGGAGAUCGGCAAGCAGGGGCUCAAGAAGAAGCUCGUCAAGAAGGGGGACGGGUGGAACGUGCCAGAGGCCGGCGACGAAGUUGAAGUGCACUACACUGGGACUCUGCUCGAUGGGACCAAGUUCGACUCGAGCCGUGAUCGGGGUACGCCGUUCAAGUUCAAGCUCGGUCAAGGUCAAGUCAUAAAGGGAUGGGAUCAAGGUAUUAAAACCAUGAAGAAGGGUGAAAAUGCCAUCUUCACCAUUCCUCCGGAAUUGGCUUAUGGUGAACAUGGUUCUCCUCCCACUAUCCCACCGAAUGCCACUCUCCAAUUUGAUGUGGAGCUACUGUCAUGGUGUAGUGUCAAGGACAUAUGCAAAGAUGGUGGUAUAUUCAAGAAGAUCCUCAAGGAAGGAGAAAAGUGGGAGAAUCCAAAAGAUUUAGAUGAAGUGCUCGUGAAAUAUGAAGCCCGGCUUGAGGAUGGAACUGUUAUCUCAAAAUCAGAGGGAGUAGAAUUUACCGUUAAAGAUGGUCUCUUCUGUCCUGCACUAGCUAAAGCUGUAAAGACUAUGAAGAGGGCUGAAAAGGUGCUUCUCACUGUGAAACCACAAUAUGCGUUUGGUGAGAAAGGUAGACCAGCUUCUGGAGACGAAGGUGCCGUGCCACCAAAUGCAAAUCUUUAUGUGGAGCUUGAGUUAGUCUCUUGGAAGACUGUUACACAGAUAGGGGAUGACAAGAAGAUCAUUAAAAUGAUCCUCAAGGAAGGAGAAGGUUAUGAUCACCCAAAUGAAGGAGCAGUUGUGACAGUGAAACUGAUUGGGAAACUACAAGAUGGGACAAUUUUUGUGAAGAAGGGUCAUGAUGAGCAGGAACCAUUUGAGUUCAAGACUGCUGAAGAAAAAGUUAUCGAAGGUCUUGACCAAGCAGUGAUGACGAUGAAUAAGGGAGAGAUUGCUUUGGUGACAAUUCCACCUGAAUAUGCCUUCUUGUCCACUGAAUCAAAGCAGGACCUUGCUGUGGUUCCUGCCAACUCCACUGUUAUUUAUGAGGUUGAGCUUGUAUCAUUUGUAAAGGAGAAAGAGUCAUGGGACAUGAACACUGCAGAGAAGAUUGAAGCAGCUGCUAAAAAGAAAGAAGAGGGAAAUGCACUGUUCAAAAUGGGCAAAUAUAUGAGAGCUUCCAAGAGAUACGAAAAGGGUUCAAAGUUCAUCGAGCAUGACAGCUCAUUCAGUGAAGAGGAAAAGAAGCAAUCCAAAGCACUGAAAGCCAUAUGCAGUCUCAACAAUGCAGCCUGCAAAUUGAAGCUCAAAGAUUACAAAGAGGCAGAAAAGCUCUGCACGAAGGUGCUGGAGACUGAGAGCAGAAAUGUUAAGGCCCUGUAUAGGAGGGCCCAAGCUUAUAUCCAGCUCGCUGACUUUGAUCUUGCGGAGUUGGACAUUAAGAAAGCACUUGAAAUUGAUCCUGAUAACAGGGAUGUGAAAUUGGAAUACAAAACUUUGAAGGAGAAGAUGAAGGAAUACAACAAGAAAGAUGCCAAAUUUUACAGCAACAUCUUUGCUAAAAUGAGCAAAUUAGAGCCAACGGAAGCCAGCAAAGCAGGAAACUAGGCAAUCUGCAGCAGGCGACAGGGACGAACGGGUGAAGUCACUAACAACAUUACCUAUGACCAUUCGAGAUACAUUGAGAUUCCUUUGAUCUUUUUACUUGGCAUGAAAACUUUUGUAUGCAUGAGAUGGUAUCAAGUGAUGGUCCAACCAUCUGUAGGGGACAAUUACAGUGUUGUAAGGUUUUAAAGUGACAAUUUACCAUCGUGGUUGGUUUUUGUAUUUUCAUCCACCAAAAUUGGAUCGUUAUGCUUCCUUUGCUGCA